UCCUUCUCCUCCUUCUUCUUCUGCAGGAACUCCAAAGUCCAACUUUGAUUUCUUCGGAGGAGGGAGAGAGAGAGAAGAAGGGGGUGGGCUGAGGUUUUGGGUUGUUUGACUGGAGGAGAAGGUCUCCCUCAGGAGGAGCUUGACCAUCAUCUUCUUCAAGAUGGGAUAUACAGUCCUGGCGGUGUGGCUUCUGGGGUUGGUGGUGUCCAGUUCCCUCCUGGCCAAGGUGUCAGGAAUGUCCUCUGAUUGCUCCAUCCUAUUAAAGCUUGCAGCUCUACGGGAGGAAUGCUUCGCACGCCUCAACUCCGAGAAUGAAACUUUUGGUUGCAGGACUUUCUGGGAUAACAUCACUUGCUGGCCUGCAACGCAUUUCAACGAAACCACCGUAUUGCCCUGUCCAACUUUUUUAUUCACUUCGAAGAAUAACAUAAGCAGGGAAUGCACUCCCGAAGGUUGGUCCGAUUUGUACCCGGAGUCUUACGGCGCAACGUGUGGUUACGACCCUAACAGCACGUUCUCAGAUGAAGAGACGGUAUUCUAUGGCACUGUCAAAACUGGCUACACCAUCGGAUACAGCUUGUCGCUCAUUGCUCUCACCAUAGCCAUGAUUCUCCUGUGUAUUUUCAGGAAACUCCAUUGCACUCGGAACUAUAUCCACAUGCACCUUUUCAUGUCCUUCAUCAUGAGAGCGGUGGCGGUUUUUGUCAAAGAUCUCAUCCUCUUCGAGGGCGGAGAGUCAGACCACUGCUUUGCCACCACGAUUGGGUGCAAGGCAGCGAUGGUUUUCUUCCAAUACGGCAUCAUGGCCAACUUCUUUUGGCUCCUGGUCGAAGGCUUGUAUCUCCAUACGCUUUUGGUGGUUUCCUUCUUUUCAGAGAAGAAGUACUUUUGGUGGUACAUCCUGAUUGGAUGGGGGGCCCCAACACUGUUCACUUCCGCCUGGACCGCCACUAAGAUCCAUGAGGGCGAUGUUGGUUGCUGGGACUUAAUCGAAUCUCAUUACUGGUGGAUCAUCAAGACUCCCAUUUUGGUUUCUAUAUUGAUAAAUUUUGUUCUCUUUAUCCGCAUUAUCCGGAUCCUGGUCCAGAAACUGCACUCUCCCUACGUAGGACGAAAUGAAACAAGCCAGUAUUCGAGACUUGCAAAAUCCACCCUUCUGUUGAUCCCGCUCUUUGGCAUCCACUACAUUGUGUUUGCCUUCUUCCCGGACGCAGUAGAGAAGGAAGUCGUAGGAGUCAAGUUCAUCUUUGAGUUGGUCUUGGGGUCUUUUCAGGGCUUUGUGGUGGCCGUCUUGUACUGCUUCCUCAAUGGAGAGGUCCAAGCUGAGCUAAAGCGCAAGUGGCGCAGGUGGCACAUGGAGAGGUUCCUUGGCUCCGACAUGAAGUAUCACCACCCGUCUUUGGGCAGCAAUGGCACCAACUUCAGUACCCAGAUCUCCAUGCUCACCAAGUGCAGCCCAAAGACUCGCCGAUGUUCCAGUUUCCAAGCCGAUUCCUCUCUGGUUUGAGAUCUGGAAGCAACUGACUGAAAGACAAGAGAGGUGGGCUGGAAAGCAAGAAAUGAGGAACCACCCAAGACUCUGGAUUAAGGAUGAAAACUCUUGCUGGUCUGAUUUUUCCUUUUUAAGAAGAAGGGGGAAACCUUGUUCUUUGAUCAAUUCAAACAGGGCAAUUUACUGGAACGCUGAGACCAAAAUAAUCAGGACCAGAAGAGAUGCAUCUGGAUGGGUUCUUCAUUUUGUUCUUCUGAGGCUGGAGAUGUUUGUAAAUGUAACUGAGUACAUAGUUAAGUUAUGCCUGAUAGGGAAGAGAGCCUCUUGUUCUUGCAUCGGUGGAUUUCACACCAAGAGCCAGCUCUGCUUCCAGUGAAUGAAGGCUGAUGUAAAGGGAUGCAUUGUUUUGUGACCAAAGCCUUUGGGAGAAAAGACUGAUGAGAAAUUGGUGGUGAAAAAUGGCUCUGUACCAGUAGCACCCUGAGAAACACAUCUUCCCUCCAGGUAGACCUUCAGAAUCUAGAGUCAUCUCAACUCCAGAGCCCAAUAUCCUGCUUCAAAAGCAGGUUUUUGAAGCAUUUGUUGUGUCCCAAGAGGUGAUUCCGAAAUGUAGACCCCUGGACUGUUGAAACCAGAUGCAAUGGGAUCAUCAAGCUUGGUGUCAUUUGUUCUGGCCUUCAGCAACUCUCAGGUCACUUGGUACUUGACUUGGAGCAUUGUUACUGGAGACAUCAAGGGCUGGUUUUGUGCAUGCAUAGCAUGUGUUCUGCCAUUGACUCACAGCACCUUCCCAACAAGGAUGUGGGACUUCUGGACUUGCAUGCUGCUUUUGAACCAGCUACACUGUGGGCUACUAAGUCAACAGGAAUCCCUCACAUUGACUGAUGAGGUCAAUCAUAUGUCCAGGCAAGCUGCUCCUGGGAGAAAAAAAUGGUCUUCUUGGUUGGACAACCUGGGAGGGAAGAUGUUUCUAAAGAUAGAGGUUGGACUUCCAUGACAGAGUUGAGGUUGACUUCUUCAGAGGACCUACUGUGCUGGAGAAACUGCAGAUGUGACCAGGGCCUGUAUUGGACUCAACUGUAAUAGGCUCAAGAUCCAGAAGAGAAAUGAUUAACACACGAAGCAAAGUCUGUGAGCAGUCUGAACUUCAAGCAGAGAGUCAAGAUCAGAAGGCCAUAUGUGCAAUCUGUGGGAUUGGUUGAUUCUUACAGAAUGUCCUAUUCCCAAAUAAAUAUCCCCUUACCCAUCUGGAGAUGUUACAUAUCCAGAAAACGUUUGGGUAUCUGAUGACAGACCAUACAUCUGAGCACCUGAAGGUCUACUAGAUCCCACACUCCAGUGCAGAACGAGGGCUACCAACCUCAUGAUAGGGAAUUGACUGCUCUCUCCUCCAAGGACUUGGGAUCUCUCUGCCCUGGUUUGUAGGUCAUGAACAUGAUGUUCCUCCUUGAUAGUUGAUUGGGACAUCUCUAUGUCAUCCUGUGAUAGGGAGUUUUCUAGUAAUGUCAUGACACUGUUGACCACCAACCAGCUUGGUUGGGAAGCUGAAGAAAAUUCAAUUCCUCAUUCUAGGCAUCGGAUUGAGUAUCAAGGUUUCCAAGAUCCACAUCCAUCUACUACUAACAGAUUCUGUUGAAUUAUAUUUUCUCUGUUUUCCUACUGGAGGAAAUAUUGCAACCCCAUCAAGUAUAAUCAUAGAAUCAUAGAAUCAAAGAGUUGGAAGAGACCUCAUGGGCCAUCCAGUCCAACUCCCUGCCAAGAAGCAGGACUACUGCAUUCAAAUCACCCCUGACAGAUGGCCAUCCAGCCUCUGUUUAAAAGCUUCCAAAGAAGGAGCCUCCACCACACUCCGCGGCAGAGAGUUCCACUGCUGAACGACUCUGAUUGUGGGAAGUAAAACAAAGCAAAAACAAAAAGAGAGGGAGACUUGUACACUUGAACUUCUACGUUAAUUCUGCCAUUACAAGAGCCUGUUGAAAUGGUUGAAAUGGAAAACCCAACAUAUCCUGCCCUGGAUUGCCUUCAUUGGAAGUGGCCCCAUUCUUUGCGCCAUCGUCUUGUAGAUAUUCCUGAUGUUUGCAGGACUUAUGCUUCGACAGCAGGGCUGACUGAAUUGCUGUGGGACACCUCACUUUCCAGAGGCAGCUUUUCUUUUGGUGUGACGGUUCUUGAGAUCUCCUGCCAUUUUUUAAUGACCUUUAACCCUGUGUUAUUUAUUCAACCACAUUUAGAAUUGUAAAUAUUGACUCCGUCCUUUUCCAAGGGUUCAUCUCAAAAGAAUGUUAUGUUCGCUUGUUUGUUUCAUUGGUUGAAAAUAAUAGAGUGGGGUCGAGGGAGCAAGGAAUGCUUCUUUCAUUUGCGGAAAGCAAAUAAUAAACGGGUCUGGAAAGAG